AUGGAACCCCUCCACCCAGUCUAUCUCUUUUUCGCGUUCUUUAUCUCAGCCACAAUGGCUAUUCCCCAACAGACCGCCUCGAUCACUAUAGCUGCAGCUCCAGCAGUUAUCACCCAAGGCCCCGAGCUCUGGUGCUCGAAUGGACAAAUUGCUGUCUACACGACAGACUGCACAUUGGGAACCCCAGUUUCGUACUGCUUCAGCCAGGAGCCUCCAAUCGAGUGCUCACAGGGCUUCUUCCCAUCCGUUUGGCAUCCUGAUCAUUGUAUGGAAGAAUCGAGCUGUUUCCCGCUCAGCGAACCCUGGAUUACCACCGAGUGCUCGAAUGGGGCUGUUCCGUAUUCGACGUCGACUAUAUAUGAGGGUACCUUGGCGGGAGGAGAAUCAACUGUCAUUAGGGCUGUCUCUUGCUCCUGUCCUGUAUACCAAUGGUACAGCAUGACCCUACUACCAGGCUCGUCAAACUACGACACCUUCUGUAUGCCGCACAGCUCCUGUCCGCGGGGUAUGACCACCUCUGUCUCGAUCAAUGAGUACUGUGCCUCCCAGCCAGUUGGUGUUUGCUCGGAUAUACCUCUACAAACCGAAAUUUGUCAAUGUGCCGACGCGGGGCAGACUCCUGUCUAUCCUGACUGGCCUGGUGCUAAUCCAACUGGAUGCGAGUUGAUAUAUUGA